AUAGUACUCAUGCAUAAUGCUAAAAAAUCUUUAGUAAUGAAAACUUUACUCUGAGACGGAUUUUGAUAGGAAUCUAGACUCUGAUGCAACUGCACUGAGACCUCGAACCUGGUGUUUCUUAGAAUGUGAAAGUAAAAGGCAUAUGAUGUUUUGUUUAUUCCAAAAGAAAACUAUCCAUUUUACAUGAAGGGCACAUGGUGCACAGAGAUAUGCAUAAAACUAUGUCACACUGUAAUCACUGAUUCCAGUAAUUUUUGAGAUGGACCAUGCAGCUAUCAUUACUGCUGGUCUCCAGCUCUGUGGAAGUAAGGCUGCUUUCUUAUUUCUAGUUAACAACUUUCCUUUUUUUAUGGCAUCAUGACAGAUAUAAUUGCAACUCACAAAUGUGUUACUGUGUAGUUCAAGCAAAUUUUAACUAUUCAAUGAUAUUCAGAAGUUAGAAGUAAUAAUGAUUUCUAGGGUUUGCUUUUUUUUUUUAGAGAAAAUAUUCUGCAGAAUUUGUCUUGUAGUGCUGCCAAAGUUGUUUCUGAGUUAUUCUAUAAUUUCAAUUUUCAAUUAUGUUAAUUCUGAAAUGGAAUUUCUAUGUGUGCUUUAACCAGCGUGAAAGGAAAAUUUGCAGAUUCAAAUGUAAAACUUACUGUGAAGGUGAAACUGCAAUGCAUAUACCCCAAAAAAGCCACGAAAAGCCAGACAUCCUGGAUGAAACUUAAUGUAACUCAUAAAGAAAAUAUAGCUGUCUUUCACCCAAUCAAUGGUAUACAUAUUGAAGACAAAUACAACUGCAGAAUUCCCUUUGAAAAUGCUUCCAGUGAAGACAAGUCCUUGUCCUUCAUCAAGAGCACUUUGAAGAAUGUUGGUAUACACUUUUGCUCCAUCGUAACUUACCCAGAUGGUAUUUGGGAAAAAGUAAUACAAACUGUUCUGCCAGCCAGUGCAUUUGUUGAUGGCACAGAUGAAAUAGGAAUCCCACUCUAUCUUCCUGUCUCUGCUAGCAUUUUAUUAAAACAAAACAAUCUUGUGUUUAACAAGCCAGGAGAAAGUGUUGCUUUUACUUGCCCUUAUAACAUUGCAGAUUCAGUGCUGCAAGUGAUGUGGGAAAGGAUUAAAGCAGAUUGAGUAGAUAUCGUUGUUCUGUGCAGCUCAUUAGGAAAGCAAAGCUUUGGUUCACAUUUCAAAGAGCGUACACUGAUGGGUUGCUCUGAUCAGGCAAAAUCCAAUAUUGUUAUCCCAAACAUUACAGUCUCUGACUUUGCAAAUUACCACUGUGUAGCUACUGAGAGAAACAAAACCCAUGUAAUGAUUUUUACUGCGGCUGCACCCAGUAUGAUCUUCACAGCAGCAGAUGAAAAGCAGGCUACAACUUGUCCAGUCAUUGAGGGUUAUCUAUGUCCUUCUGAGCUAAAAGAAGAAAGUAGCACUUCUGUGCCACAGAAAACAGAAUAUAAGGCUACAGCUGGUGGUGAGGACAAUCAGGCAACUUGGUAUCACAAACGGUUUAUUGUCAGCAUAGCUAGAGAGAUUUCUGCUGCUGUCUUACUGUUAGUUUUUCUAUCGAUCUUCAUCACCACUGCUUAUCACAAACAAAAAACAAAUGGCUUACUGAAGUUCCUUAGUCAGCUAAAUGCUCACAGUGGUAUUAGCUGGAAUUUCACACCACAGCCUGGUAACAGUUAUGGAAGUUCUAAUUUUCAUGGCACAUGGAACACAGGAAGAAGAGAAGAAGAACCAUCCCUUGAGCAGACAGAGGAGAUUUAUGGCAACUGCGAUGAUGUCUCAUUUAAACCUAAGAAAAGACCAUUUGAUUCCUUUUUAGGAAUGAAAUAA